UCUGUCUCCUCCUGCUGCUGGUACUUCUGCUCAAAGCUGCCAGGAUGUGUGGCAGGUUCCUGAGGUGGCUAGUGGCUGAGGAGAGCUGGCACUCCACCCCCGUGGGGCGCCUCCUUCUUCCCGUGGUCCUGGGCUUCCGCCUUGUGCUGCUGGCUGCCACUGGGACCGGGGUCUAUGGCGAUGAGCAGAGCGAAUUCGUCUGUCACACCCAGCAGCCAGGCUGCAAGGCAGCCUGCUACGAUGCCUUCCACCCCCUCUCCCCACUGCGCUUCUGGGCCUUCCAGGUCAUCUUGGUGGCUGUGCCCAGUGCCCUCUACAUGGGUUUCACCAUGUAUCAUGGCAUCUGGCAUUGGGAAGACUCGGGAAAGGUGAAGAAGGAAGAGGAGACCCUGAUCCAACAAGGACAGGGCAGCAUGGAUGCCUCAGGGGCUGAAAGGCCCAGGCUGCUCUGGGCCUAUGUGGCACAGCUGGGGGUGCGACUGGCCCUUGAGGGGGCAGCCUUGGGGGGACAGUACCAUCUGUAUGGGUUCAAGAUGCCCAGCUCCUUUGCAUGUCGUCGGGAGCCUUGCCUUGGCAGUAUAACCUGUAAUCUGUCCCGCCCCACUGAGAAGACCAUUUUCCUAAAGACCAUGUUUGGGGUCAGUGGGCUCUGUCUCUUCUUUACUCUUUUGGAGCUUGUGCUUUUGGGCCUGAGGAGAUGGUGGCAGGCCUGGAAGCAAAAAUCUUCCUGUUCUGAUGUCCCAACUUCAGAGAGCACCAGGAAACACAAGGAACCAAAUGAUAACUUCCCAGUGGUGGAAUCAAAAGACCAAUUCCAAACAGCAGGUGAGAAGGGCACUGAUGUCCUUUUAUUCUUCUUUGUCUGA